AAAUAUGACUAUUUAUACUUUGGAUAGAAAAGUGAUUAAAUGAUAUUUAAUUCUCUAACCUAAAUAACACAAUUCAUGGCUAGCCAGUGGCGGACCCAGAAAGUCGGAGUCACAUGGUCCCUACCCUUACAUAUCUUUGAUCUCUAAUUAAUGUAAAACUAAUAAAAAAAUAUUAAAGAAGCAUAAAACUUCAAAGUUAACGUACACCAUCAAAACAUUAAGAUAUAUUAUAAAGCAAAAACUUACAUAUAAGUCAUUCAACAAUUCUAUAGAUGUACUCUCCUAGGCUUCAUUUGUUGGAAAUAUUCUAUAAUAGAAUCAUCACUAAUAGUACCAAAAACAUCUCUCUCAACAUAUGUAACUAAGCAAUCAUUCAACCAUUGAUCGCAGAUCUUGUUGCACAACUCAUUCUUCACAAACUUCAUACUUGAAAACGCCCGUUCAACACUUGCUGUAGCUACUGGGAGAAGUAGAGAUAACUUAAUAAGUGUAUACACAUGCUGAUAUGUGAGAUGCUUCUUCGUGGAAACCAUUUCAAUUGAAAGGUCUAAUAAACCAUUCAAAUCAGAAAAUCUAUUAUGAGAACGAACAUUUAAAAUAUAAUUCUCAAGCUGAUUCUCGAGUAUCUUUUGAUCAACGUCAGAAAACUAUUUUGGAUAAAAUUCUGCCAAUUUAAGCAAAGAUGCCCUAUCAAAAGCUUCAAACGAGGAGGAAGGACAUAAACAAGACACACAACGCAAUAACUCAGUGCUUGCCGCCACAUCAAACAUGCUAUCAUGUAAACAAUCAUACUUGUAAUGAUGCAUGUUCGUUAUACUCGGUGCCCUGCGCUUCGAUCUUUUUCCUUUGAUGUAGUUCUGAUCCAUAGAAGGCACAUCUAUAUGAAAUUUGUUACAAAAAGUAACAACCUCAUCAAACAAAGCACCCCAUCCAAUAUCUAUUUUCAUUGCCGCUAAACGUUGUUUGACAACUGUGACUAAUUUCAAAGCAUUCACAAGAUCUUGUUCACGCCUUUGCAAUGCCUGUGAAAGAUCACGUGUAAUGGCCAAAACAUUGAUCAUCAAAUGAAGCAUGAAACAAAAUUCAAAAGUUUGCAAUUCAUUCAACAAUGAAGUGGCUUCACCACUUUUAUCAUGGUCUUCCAAAUCUUCGAGCACCUCAAUCACAGAUUUAAAUAAUUUUUGCAAAUUAAGCAAUGAUUUGUAAUGAGAACUCCAUCAUGUAUCACCUGCUCUGACAAGUGCUAACUGUUGAUUCAAUCCUCUUCACGUUUUUACUAAUCCAGCUUCUAAAGCACUUAUCAAAUCACUUGCUUGUUUAUCUCGAAGGCAUUCUUGUCGCUUAUUUGAUGAGCAUAUCUCAUUAAUUACGCGACUAACAUGAAGAAGUAACCAAUUAACCUCAUGUUGUUCUUUAACAACGGCAACAAGUGACAAUUGCAAUUGAUGAGCUAAACAAUGGACAUAAUAUGCAUAAGGAUUUCCAUUUUGAAUUAGAGUUUUCAAUCCACCAAACUUACCCCGCAUAUUACUCGCUCCGUUAUAGCCUUGUCCUCUUAUGUUUGAGAAGCACAGACCAUAUCGUGUUAGAAUGUUCUCAAGAGCUAACCCAAAUACCAAAAUCCACUCAUGCCAUCUUCCUAAUAUACUCGGAUAUAGAAAUCUCCACUUCUCAAAAGCCACAAAGAAGCUCCAGACCUGCCGGCUGCCGCCGUCGGGUACCGGUCUCCGCGCAUAACCCCUGUCUCCACACACACCCCACCAUCAAGGGCCUUUAAUUGUUGCUGCGUAAGAUAUUGAGCAGUGAUUUGGGACCAAUCAAUCUCGCUCGGACGACGUUGGCAUGGCCAAAGAAACCAGACGUAGCGGUGGAGACGGCCACUAUGAAAACUUGGAACGAAGGAAAAUUAAUGAUCCUUCAUCUCCCUAUUUUCUCUCGAGCUCGGAUCACCCCGGCAUGGUGAUAUGCGCUGUUGUUCUCAAAGGGGAGAAUAACUAUCGUGAAUGGAGUACGGCCAUGAAGAACGCAUUCCGUGCUAAAAGGAAGAUGGGAUUUCUUGACGGAUCCAUUGAACGACCUCUAAAUGCACCGAGGGAUCUUGAAGAUUGGUUAACCGUUAAUUCCAUGGCGGUGGGAUGGAUUAUGACUUCUGUGGAUCCGAGUUUGAGAACCAAUCUUGCUUACAUGGAAAGCGUGCACGAUCUCUGGACAGAUUUGGAGGCACGCCUUUCGGUUGGUGAUGCUAUGAGAACUCAUGAGUUAAAGGAACCCAUUCGAAAUUGUAGGCAGCAUGGUCAAUCGAUUACAUCUUAUUUCGGGCAACUGAGAGCGUUGUGGGAAGAGUAUGAUGGCGUGCGAAACAUUCCCCAGUGCAAGUGCAAUGGAUGCACGUGUGAUCUCAAGAAACUUUUUCUUAAACAUGUGGAAUCGGAGAAAAUUCAUGACUUUCUAAUGGGCCUUGACCGAGAGACGUAUGGGACUUUGAGGUCCAACAUAUUGGGCACUGAUGACUUGCCUUCGCUGACUAAAGUAUAUCACUUGGUGGUGCAAGAAGAACGACACCAAAAUUUGACACGAGGAAACGAGGACAAACCUGAGGCGGUCGUGUUUGCGGCGCGUUCCGGACCUGCAGCUGGUAGGGAAGACCGGGUGAAGUGCACCUUCUGCCACAAGACAGGUCAUGAAAUUGAGAACUGCUUCCGACGGACCGGAGUUUACCCAGACUGGUGGCACGACAACCUGGGACGAUCAGGAACUGGAACGAGCCGUGGAGGAAGAGGACGGACUGGACCAAGCCGUGGAGGACCUGGACGCGGAAAUUCUGGACGGAGUGCAGGACGUGGUGGCGUGCAAGCCAUGCACGUGGGAGAAUAUCAGCCCGAGAGUCAGAUGAUGCAGGGAGGAAAAGAGAUAACUCUGCAUAAACCUGGCUUCACCGACGAACAGUGGCAAACAUUUAUCAAGCUGAUGGAGAACUGUAAGGCCACGAGUUCGGAAGAAAAACUCUCAGGACCUACCUACGAGGAUGCCGAUUGGAGUGGGUGAACGGCGAGGUGGAGUUUAUUAUUUCCGGGGUCUGGAACGAGCACAGGCAUUUGCUGUAGAAGGUUCGGAUUUGGGAAUUUUGUGGCAUGCAAGGUUGGGACACCCAUCAAUAAAAGUUAUGCAUUCGCUUGGUUAUUUGAGUAAACCUUUAUUAAAUUAUGUUCAGAAUAAAACGUGUGAUGCCUGCAUAAGAGGCAAACAAACGCGUGAUUGUUUUGUUACUAGUGGUGCUAGAGCUGUUGAACUUUUUGAAUUGAUACAUUGUGAUAUUUGG